GCUGUUUGCUCCAGUGCCUGAUGCCGUUCAGUCGGGGCGCCCCUAUUGGAUUCUAUCCCCGUGCGACCCAGCCGUCCCCCCCGGCUGACACGCUGACGCACGGCGCGGGCCCUUCCAGUCUGACCAGCAGCAGAUGGCAUAAGCGGCUGAAAGAGCAGCGGAUGGGAUGUCAUGACAGCACUGGUGGCAGAGAUCAGCAGCCACCGCCGAGUCUGCUACUGGAGUAGAAUGCUUCCGGGGCCCUUGCAGAUUGAGUCUCUGCCCGCUGAAAUGAAAUGGUGGGG